CUGCCAACAUCACGACGUGCCGCUCGUGCCUCGCGCGAUCGUCGGGUUCACACGAUUGGCAUCCUUCACCCUUGACAUCGCCCUGUCGUCCACUCUCCCCUCCCACUGGCGAUUCGACAUAGAUCGGGCAUCGAUUGGGAAGGAUCGAUCGCCGACCAAAUCGGGUGGACCCGUUCGACCUCGACGGUUUCGCGAUUCGCGAACCGAACCGCGCGCGGUUCAGCUUUGCCGAGCAGUGCGUCUUUUUUGUGCGUGUGCGACGGCGACGACGACGACGACGACGAGGACGGCGACAAGUGCAUUCGCGUUUCGGGGAUGCGGCUUAAGGGGGUGUCCCGCGGGACUUGCUAGGAUGUGGAUCGCGCGAUCGCGCUCGCGUACGAAGGACGAUUGACGCGGCGGAUCGUUCGCCGGGAUCCCUCCCUCGGCGCAUCCAUCCAUUCAUCCAUCCGGCGUUCGUCGUGACGAGCGAUCGAUUCGCGAUCGACCGCGACGCGAUGGCGGAGUGAACCGCGCGUGCGGGAGCGCGCUCACUCUCGGGACCAGUUCGUGAUCCGGGUAAGCGGGGCGCACUCGCGUUCCACGAUUUAUCGCCAAAUUCGCCGCGUUCCCGCGAGCGACCUGCAACCUGCCGACCGGAAGUGACUGCAUCCCGUGCGUGCCGUUGUCACCAUUGCGGCGAACGCCGCGUGAAAGUGCGCGUGAUCUACGCUCGAGCGAGCUCCUGGAUUUAUUGUGCCACGAACAGGCUUUUCGAGGGAACGGAAGGAUACGGGGAUUCGAAAGGAUCGGAGUGCACUCGCGGCGAUUCUGGAUGCGUUUUCGGAGUACCUGGUGCAUGCGGGGAACGCUGACUUCUUGGAUCACAUCCAAGACGCACGCACGACGUAUCGGGAAAGUGUAGUUUCGAGAUCCGUAAGUGAACUCUGUUUCUUUCUCUCCAUUAGUGCGCGCGAAUGCACCGUUGAAAGUUUCCUGUGAAGUGAAGACGAGAAAUGAACGCCGACGAGCUGCGAGGUGUAUCAAAGAAGAAUAUUUAUCUCUGUAACGGGAUCUGAUCAUUUUUAAUUAAAAUUCGUGGAUUCCUUUUGAUAAACUCUGAUUAAAAAUCGAAAUAUUAUUUUUAUUUAAUAUUUAACUUGUCACGUAUCGUGUUUGUAUAUAUGAACAAGAAGAAGGCAUCGCAAUGUAUUUUGUCACUUUUUUCGAUUUUUUAGACAGGGAUUACUUUUGCUACAGGAAAAUUAAGCGAAAAAUGAAAAACGUCAGCCAGAAAAACGUUUAAACUGGAAAAUUCUAUAAUUUUUAAAUAAUAGAUAGAAAGUUUAUGUAUAAGUAGCCUUUCAAGUAUUAAAAUAAAAUGCUUUUAUUUAUAUUAAAAAGCUCAACAGUACGUAAAAGAUUAAUGAAAUCCAUAUCAAAGAUAUUUAAUUUGAUGAACAUCAUCUGCAUUUUUUAUUAUUAUGCUAAUCUCGAAAUUGUCAAUCUGCCCACGGUUUUUGUGCUCGUUACGUUUCAUUAUCGUAGAAUAAAUUUAAUCAAGUGUGCGCGUAUUUUUUCUAAAAUUUUAUUUAAAACUUUUAUUCAAUUUAAUUAAAGUUUAUUAAUCACAUGGCAAUAAGUUAUUCAUUUGCACGCGCACGUAUUUUAAAACCAAGUAUAAUGAAUUUGCGCUAAUUAUUAACCAAGCGAGCGCAAUUGAUGUUGCUCCAAAUAUCGCGUUAAUAAUCGCACAAUGUGCCAGCACAAUCUGGAUACAGGAUUAAUCACGCUUGGGCUUAAAACGUCACGACAAUAAUAACAGCAACUUUAGCAGCGUUUUGCCGCAACAACAACAAUGACACUCUUAACAUAAUAGUGCUCCUGCAAUAUCGAGCAAACCGACCGGCAGAUUGAAACAGGUAUUCAGAGAAGGAUGCAUGACUGACGAAAGGAGGAUAUAUUUUGUUUAUCAUCAUGAGGACACUUUGGAUCGUAGUGGGCAUUCUACUAGAAAUACAUUUGUACUUUACUGUGAGCCAGGCCAAGCAUCAGCAGAACUCAAGUGCCAAUAAUGUAAUCGCUCCAUUGAGUGCCCCGGAGGGUAAAAAUGAAGACGUAAUUCAAGGACCAAUUGGAGAGGUACUUGCUCAAAGUGGUAGCGUGGCAGUUUUGCCGUGCAAAAUUACCGAUCCUGGAGCCGGAACCAUCACGUGGGUGAGACGAAGAGAUAGACAGUUGCUAACAGUCGGCACUAGCACGCAUUCCAUCGACAAGAGAUUUGUCGUCAGGCACUCGAGCACCGAUUGGCAGCUCAUGAUACGCACCGUAACCAUGGAAGACGCUGGCAUUUAUGAAUGUCAGGUGACGUCGCAUCCGGUGCAGCGUAACUUCGCGCGUUUGAAAAUCACGGAGGCGUAUUCGAUAAUACCGGGCGCGCCUGAUUUGCACGUGAAGCAGGGCUCGAGCCUCCGCCUGGAAUGCCAACUUAUGGCGGCCACGGAGAAGCCUCUUUACGUCUUCUGGUAUCGUCAGAAUCGCAUGAUAAAUUACGAGGAGCCCGGCGUCGACGUCAAGCUCACGUUGAAUGGUUCCAUUCUGACGGUGAACAAGACGAAGCUUACGCACGACGGCAACUACACGUGCACACCCAGCAACGCCAGGCCGGCGUCUAUCAUGGUUCACGUGAUCGAAGAGGAGGAGAAGCCAGCGGCGAUGCACGGGGGUGACAGAAGGAACCUCAGCCCGGCAAUCUUGGCGAGCAACUUUCUGGUGUCCCUCCUAGCGGCCGUCAGCUGGAGGAUACCGAGUUUCACGAGCCUUUACCCGACGUGAAUUACCGCCGCCCCCGGCGGCAUCCUUCGGCCCGUGUUCUAUCCCAGUGUGACAACGGGUCCGCCGAGGGAAACGAGUUUCCGGGUCGUCGUCCUGCUACUUGGCGCGUCACGAUCCCCGUUCGUUCCACCCCCGUCCCCCGUUUGCUCUCCCAGAAGAAACUUCAGUGCUGGGAAUAGUGUGUGUGUGUGCACGCGCGCGCGCGAUUUGCGAAGAUGCCGGGUUUUACCUCUUACGUGUGUGUCUCUCUUUCUCUCUCUUAGCGUGCGCUAAGUAAAAACGCUGCUCGAGUGGUGGUUGCGGUUGUUCGCGCGCGACGGUUUACCGUUUGACAGUGCCAGCCGGAUGAAGGGCCGGCGAAAGGGUCGACAGAAGGGUCGGCAGAAGGUCCUGGCAAUACGAAGGCGUAUACCUGCGUAUACGACGCCUUCGAUCCCUCUUCGACGCUCCUAUUUCACCCUCACUUCCGGCCUGUGCUCGCGCGAGUGCUGUUCGUUAACGCGCCUGGCCGGACGACUAUCCGACUACCGCUGGAAUUGAACUAUAGCGAGGAUUCACCGUGUAGGAUUACGUUUUGCUCUUGAACGCCCGCGUGAUCUUCGUGUUCUCCUCGUCACGUGUGAGAUUACGAUCCGAGCUCGGACUUUAGAGACGUGGAUUCGCGCGUCGAGAUUCCGAUGCGUACAUGCCGGCGCAGUUUCCCGUCGCCAUGUCCGCAGAUAUUCUUCUGCGAUGAUAAGAUUUCUAAGAAAACUCCACAAAGAUUUGCGAGAUUAAUCAUUUUGGUCAGCCGCGAAUGUUCCACACGUGGCGAUUAAUGCCGAAAUCGGGUGAAAUAUGUGAAAAUAUGCCGCGGUAAAUUUGUUAAAAUUUAACUCGCGUCUCUGCCUCGGAGAUGCGUUAUAUCUUGUGUUGUCGCUGUAUGUUGUCUGGAAUCGCUUUAAUUUAACCGAAAUAAAGCUGCGAAUCGCCUCGGACGUAAUCACGCGAGGAAUCGCGACAGAACAAGAAGAUUGUGGCACUAUGGUACCAAGGUACAUUGUAAAGUACGCAACACAGGUGAGAAAGUCGCGCGCGUGCGGAAAGGGCGGAUAUCUGUGCUUCGAUUUGUUCGGCCGGAAGCGCGUUGGUUUCCCACAGGAAGCCUAGUUCCCGAUGAAAGCCCUUCCGCUCGCUGCGCGUCGAUAUCUUUCGAUGUGCGUGAUCGACGAGUCGUUUUCUUCGUACGUGCAUUCUACAUAUAUAUAUAUAUAUAUAUAUACGUAUAAAUAAAUAUAUAUAUACACAUACACACACAUAUACACACAUCCGUAUGUAUUCGUAUGUACACACAAAUGUGCACGGUGGAAGUUCGAUUUAUCGUUCUUCCAAUUAAUGGCUGUACCGUUCAUAUUUCGAAAUCCCAAAGUGAUUUGUAUCGCUUAUCGCUCGCCGCACUUAUUGAUUGCACACAUGUUCAGUGCGACUACUGCCCGGCAAAAGCGUUCGAUCGAGCUUCCUCCCACCGCGUACAUACAUACACACGCCACACACGUUGUUACAUAACGUAGAAGUCGCGAGAAUUCUGUUUGCCAUGACCAGCGCUCGCGGUGAAGUCGUAAUAAUGAUGAAUCGCGCGGCACGCUCGAAUCACCCGCUCCAACGAGAUUCCUUUAUUUUACCGAACGAAUGAUUCGGCAAACAGAAAUUCACCCGGACCUGCCACUUUGUUGGAAAAAUGAACACUCGUUCCGAUAAAACUAUCGUUUUACAGAGCAACGAGAGAUAUCGGAAACUGAUAUCUCUUAACUUCAAAUCAGCGUUAGCGAGCUUUGCGAACUUGGUGAGCUUUGUUGCAUUGAAAGAAAAAAAUUGGUUGCAACGAUUAUAAUUUAAUUAUAAUUUAAAUUUUGGUGAUGAUAAUACUUGUAUUGUAGCUUUAACUGUGUGUAUCACAGCUGAUCUUACGCUGCGUUGUGGUCGCCAUAAGCAUUUCAGAUAGUUUUUAGUCAUUAUAGUAAAGCAUCGCAAAAUUAUAAUUAAGUGUGCUCAAGACUGGCUAUCAAGAAAUGAUUAAUUUAUUUACCAUCUUUCUAUCCUGCUCUUAAUUCUAUGAUAUUAAAAUCGGCCAUGACUGAUAAAAUUGAUUAUGGUUGCCAGCACUAUGAGUAUAGAUCAUUCUCACAAACAUUGCAGUAAACCUUGCAAUAUAAAAGUGAGUUUUCCACCUAUAAUUAUUUCACCAGGCAAAUAUAAUCGUAAACAGCGAAUACUUUUCUCUUCGUAUCAGUAAGCGCGAAUAAAUUCUUUUCUUUGCUUCGAGCAUUGCUUCGAGAUCUCGUUGGUGCGAGAGCAAGCGCGUAUCUCGCGACGAUUUGAUUACGCGAGCUCGAGAGGUGGAUGAGCGACGUUCUUUCCGCGUUGUACAAGCCUUACCUCAAUUUCCUGUCAACUCUCACUGCGCCGUUGUCAUCGCGAUGGAGUCUCUCCUCCGCGCCUCGCGAGGAUAUUCCUCGGGCAAGUGCACGCCGACGAGCGGUAUCGGAAUAGAACGGAGCUGUUUGCCCGCUCCAGCUCCAGGGAAUGUCCUUAAAUAAAUGAUCGACGCGAAUUGACGUUCGAUCGCGCAAAUGAACGCUCGACGAGAACACGAGGAAGCGGAAAUCGAGAAGACGGAGAGUUCCGCUCGCGAUCCUCGCGCGGCGUGCACCCGCUUCGCGUUUCACAAGUCUUCAAGAUUAAUGAGCGACCCAGCCUAGGCGCGUCGCGAGCGAUGCGAGGGACGAAAUCUUUCGGGAGAAGACGCACUUCUUCCUCUUCGGUUAUCUCGAUAAGGCCGGGACUUGGGUUCCGAUAAGAAGAUAACAUAAAAAGAAUUAAAUUGAAAUAUAUUAAAAUAUUUUGUUCAGCUGAACACGGUAUUUUGAGAGCAGCACUUUCUUGUUCAUCCUGAUUCAUACAGAUGUAUACACGUGGAUCUGCACAGUAAUGAUGUUGAUUCAUCAAGAUGUGAGAGACAUUAAUAUUACAAUUUCGCCCCUAAUUAAUCUUUUAAUUUGUACAAUGACUGUAUACAAUUAUUGCAAACGGCAGGAAUUCUCAAAGGGUGUUCACGGGGCGUUAAUUGAUGUUCAAACGUUUCCACGAUAUAUCCGACAUAUCAGUCCGAGAUAUUCGAUUAUACAUUUUUUUAUGGCGAUUAUACAUGUAUUACGUAUUAUAUGAUUAUACAUUUUUUGAUGAUGCGGAUGACGAGGGGAUGAUGGUAGAGAGGAGUGUGUACUCUCCUCUGAAGAGGAUUUCCGCCGCCGACGAUUUUUUUGCGAGUGGCGGAAUGGCUCUCGGUUGGCGUUGACACCGUGGCUUUUCUGCGAUGGAAAACGCGUUGGUGUCGCGGUCUUGAGCGUACAUCGAGUUUUAUGCGCGGCACGCACGACACGCGGCGGUGCGGCCGCGCGGACACGCGCUCAUCAACGUUAUUUAUCUGGAUACGUGGAAUCAAUGUAAAUACUAAACAUUCUAACUACACAUUCAAUAAAACAUUAAUCGUGAU